ACAAGCUCACACACUCACACACACUUCACUCACUCUAGUGCACUCAGACCCAGCUCCGCUCUAGCUGACUCAACUCAGUUCCUCUCUCUCUCUCUCUCUCUCUCUCAUCAGGCUCAGGAUAACUCCUGAACUGUGUGGUAGAGGAAUGAGCAGAGCCCAAACUACUCAAACAGCGCCAACCGCAGGGGAACAGUGGUAACUUCAUCUCAGAGAGAGGACACAUUUAGAGAAGCACUUCUGUGGGAAGUGUUCUGUUUACCUGCAAACACACCUAUACACACACUCACACACACUUUCACCCAGCAGUUCAGACCAGUCCCCCCACACACACACACACUCCACCAUGCUGCAGCAGAUCCUAGCAGAUAUGUACAUCGAGCCGGAGAUCCUGGAGGCUCUGAACGAAGAGCAGAAGAAGACUCUGUUUCUGAAGAUGAGGGAAGAGCAGGUGCGGCGGUGGAAGGAAAGAGAGGAGAAGGAGGGCAAAGAGGGGAGGAAGGAGAAGCCCAAGCCAAAGAAAGGCCCUUGUAAGACUGUGAGCUGGCUCCUGGGUCAAGAUGGAGAAGUGCACGUCUGCAUUAUUGGAGAGCCGGACGAGCUGAAGUCACCUAAACUCCUCUUGUCUGAACUCAGGGACCGAAAUGGAACCAGCAAAAUCAACAGACCUCAGGCUACAGAGCCACUCAAAAGCAGCCUGGCCAGCAUACCGGUCCAGCAAGCCAGCACUGCACCAGGCAUAGAACUGCUGCUGAAAAAAGCAGAGGAGAUGGAGCACUCAGACUCUGUACCAGACAGCCUGAAACAGGACAGCGAUUCUGACUCGCAGGACGACCUGAAGGACCAAAAGGACGACUCGGACUCCUCAGAGUCCUCAAACACCUCAAACACCUCCCCGAGCGACCACAACAGUGACCUGGCCCUUCCCAAACCCCACCGGACAGACAGAGGCACGUCUGUAACAGAGAGACUCAACCAGCUGAACCUACAGAGAAAUGCCCAGGUGCAGCUGCCUGUCACCAACAAGCCCCGCCCACAGGACACGCCCACACAGGACAAAGGAUUGGCAAAUGAGCAGGUGAUCAGCUCGUCUUAUGGAAGCCGCGUGGCUCAGCUGAGGAGGAACUUCAACGCACCCAACGCCAAAACCACUUCGCCAUGCGCCAAACCGCCCAUCCCCAUCAAACCCGCUCAUCUGCUGACCUCCACUUCGGCCAGAUGAGCACAUCCACCCAGCAAAUCGGCUCAUCUGCUGGCCUCCGUCGCCAUCAGAUAAGCCCUGCACACACAGAGAGCGGUCUAAGCUGUGGACUGUCGUUAACUUGAUGUUACAAAACCUGUAAAUAAACCUCCAUGAACAAAAAGCAGAGCGACGGACUCGUGCACCAUUCGCUACCAGCUACCUUCUUUCUCCCUGGGCUGAUGUACAGAUACGCAGCAGCACAGGGGGCCUGUACAUAUGGUGGGAGAGAACGAGGGCGAGAGAGAGAGGGGUAGUGUAUAUGAAGCCAAAAUCCUCUCAAUCUCUGCACUGCACUGCAGCACAUCAUCUCCGAAGGGUCAACACACACACACACACACACACACACAGCCUUGGCUUUCAUGUCUUGGCCUGCCUUCCUGUAUCUAGUUUUCACAAGGUAUGGCGUCCACUGUCCAGUGGGCUGAGUUUUGUGCUAAUUCUUUUAUGUAUUCGUGUCCGAGUUUUUUUGACACGGUCAGUUCUCCUGAAGGGAAGAAAGACCAAAGGUGUUUUCUACUCUUUGUAUAAUCUAAUGUGCUUUUUGUAAAUGAUGUCGCACUGUAAUAAAAACAUGAAAAUAAAACUUUGUAAUAUUUCA